AUGGCCACAUCCUCCUCCCCGUGGGAGACGCUGACGGCGGAGGAGGUGUCACGGCGCCUUGCCGCGCUCGCCACGCCAGCGUCGUCAGAUUUUGAGGUGGGCCGAUGCUUUAGUCGUGACGCCGUCUUCUCCACCGGCAGUGCGGCGAUCGACCAACUGCUGCCAGACGGCGGGGUGGCCUACGGGACGGUACUGGAGAUAUUCGGCCCGCCCGCGGCGGGCAAGUCGCAGCUGGUGCAGCGGAUGUUGUCCGCCUUCGCUGCGCGAGGGAGUGUGGGGUGGGCGGCGGCCGUGGGGGACGGUGGUGACCGCCCACCGCCCCUGUCGGGGGUGGAGAGGGCUGAGAAGUCGGCGCCUGUGCCGCAUGAUUGGUCCGUGUUUCUGCUCUUCUCAGACCCGUCAUCCGUCAGCCCACGUCGUCUUCAUGAGCUGCUAAAAACGUCUCUUGCGUCCGCAUUGGCGGACAGCGUGCAAUGCGGUAACGACGCGGAUGCCCUUUCGCAAAUGCUAUUGAAGAAGGUGAAACUCUUGCCUUUCACGGCACCGAAUGACCUGCUGAUCUUCUUCCGCUUUCUCGGCCGUGUGGAAUAUGUCGCGUCGCGCCACCAUGAAAAUAGACGUCGUGUGUUGGUUGUGGUAGAUAACGUGGCACGUCUCUGGGACCAUCCCACGUGCGGGACGACGAAUCACGCACGACAUUGGAUGGCGGCCGCGCUUGUACGGGAGGUGCGCAAUGCAAUUCUGAUUGGCAAUGGCUGGAGGAGUGCGGCAAACUGCGAUCUGGAUGAGUGUGGGCGUCGUCAUUGUCUGCAGGACGCGGGUGUCAGCGGUCAAGCCAUUUCUGCCGCUCCCCGCGGAGGGAGUGUGGCGGUGGUUUUUGUGAAUGGAUGCACAAGCGUGUACCAACAACACUCGGCAACGGCCACAGCGCUGCCACCAAAGCCAUUGGGUGUUCCUGUGUGGUGGGCGGCUGCCGCCGAUGUCCGUCUAUUUGUGGAGCCUCUCGCUAAUGCGGAUGUGUUCCUGCAGCAUGGGAAGAGCACCAGUGAUAUGUGUGGCACGCAACAGAGCGGGCGUGCUGCAAGGUCAACGAUGCGAGUCCGUCUAGUGAAAGGUGGUCGCACUGCUGGUGCUGAAACCACGGCGGUGUGA